AGGAUACAUGAAUAGAUGGAGAGAUGGAGGGGUGGACAGAGGGAGAGGAGGUUGCGUGGAUGCUCUGGCAGGAAACAUUCUGGACUCUGUCCCUGUUACUUUUGUUUUCCAGGCCGACCCUCACUCUUCCUGGCACUGUGUGCCUCUGUGUCUUUGCUGGGUGGCCUGACCUUUGGCUAUGAACUGGCAGUCAUAUCGGGUGCCCUACUGCCACUUCAGCUUGACUUUGGGCUAAGCUGCUCAGAACAGGAGCUCCUGGUGGGCAGUCUGCUCCUGGGGGCUCUCCUUGCCUCCCUGGUAGGGGGCUUCCUCAUCGACCGCUAUGGCAGGAAGCAAGCCAUCCUUGGGAGCAACUUGGUGCUGUUGGCAGGCAGCCUGAGCCUGAGCCUGGCCAGCUCCCUGGCCUGGCUGGUCCUGGGCCGCUCAGUGGCUGGCUUUGCCAUCUCCCUCUCCUCCAUGGCCUGCUGUAUCUACGUGUCAGAGCUGGUGGGGCCACAGCAGCGGGGAGUGCUGGUGUCCCUCUACGAGGCAGGCGUCACCGUGGGCAUCCUGCUCUCCUAUGCACUCAACUACGUGCUGGCCGGUGCCCUCUGGGGCUGGAGGCAUAUGUUUGGCUGGGCCACUGCGCCUGCUCUCCUGCAGUCCCUCAGCCUCCUCCUCCUGCCCCCUGGUACAGUUGAUGCUGCAGCCCACAGGGACCUCAUCCCCCUCCAGGGAGGCGAGGCCACGAAGCUGGGCCUGGGGAGGCCAAGAUACUCCUUCCUGGACCUCUUCAGGACCAGGGAUAACAUGAGAGGCCGGACCAUGGUGGGGCUGGGGCUGGUGCUUUUCCAGCAGCUAACAGGGCAGCCCAACGUGCUGUGCUACGCCUCCACCAUCUUCCAUUCAGUCGGCUUCCGUGGGGCCUCCUCGGCUGUGCUGGCCUCCGUGGGGCUUGGCGCCGUGAAGGUGGCAGCCACCCUGACCGCCAUGGGGCUGGUGGACCGAGUGGGCCGCAGGGCCCUGUUAAUCGCUGGCUGUGCCCUCAUGGCCCUGUCGGUCAGUGGCAUAGGCCUUGUCAGCUUUGCUGUGCCCAUGGACUCAGGCCCAAGUUGCCUGGCCGUGCCCAAUGCCACUCGGCUGUCAGGCUUCCCUGUUGACUCUGGCCUGCCCAGUGGCUUGGCCCCGCCUCUGCGGCCAAUGACCGACCAGAGCCCAGGGCGGCCAGUCUUGUCAACCUCUGAGAAAACCAAGCCUCAUCCGGGAGCUGGGGACCCCACUGCCCUUCCUCUGCCAGCCUUAAGCAUCGUGCCCGCUGCACCCCCUUCUCCUGCCCCUGAGCAUGCCCUGCUGCACUGGACCGCACUGGUCUGCAUGAUGCUGUUUGUGAGCGCCUUCUCCUUUAGCUUUGGACCAGUGACCUGGCUUGUCCUCAGCGAGGUUUACCCCGUGGAGAUCCGAGGGCGAGCCUUUGCCUUCUGCAACAGCUUCAACUGGGCUGCCAACCUCUUCAUCAGCCUCUCCUUCCUUGACCUCAUUGGUGCCAUUGGCCUGUCCUGGACCUUCCUGCUCUACGGGCUGACUGCUGUCUUCGGCCUGGGCUUCAUCUAUUUAUUUGUCCCUGAAACUAAAGGCCAGUCAUUGACAGAGAUAGACCAGCAAUUCCAGAAGAGACGGUUCGCCCUGAGCUUUGGCCACAGGCAGAGCUCGGCUGGCAUCCAGUACAGCCGAAUUGAGCCCUCUGCGGCCUGCUGAGGGGUCCAUCUGGAAAAUGCUGGAACCAUGGCUUUAGCAGACAGUCUUCAGCUUCCUGCUUGCCUGGGUGCCAGAGCACAAGUUCUAGGUGGUCCUUCAAGAGGCACCCCUGCUCCGGAAGAGGUCUGUUUUGCUGGGGCAAAAGGGAUGAAAAUCUGAAAACUCAGGAGUCUUCAGGUGGAGUCUCAGGCUCUGAGGGCUCCUGAGGCUCUGCCUUCCUGCCUCAGUUUCCCCACUGACUCUGCGCAUCUCUGCAGUAAUGAACUUAUGGUGAGAACAUCUUAUGGAGACUCCGUUGGUCUACGGGCUUUCUCAAAGAGUCUCGAGGGUACCACCCCGGCAGGAAGUCUCUCCUGGAAUCACCCCUAAAUCCAGCUGAGGAUACCAUAUUCUCUGCUCUCUUUUUCCAUCUGGUUGGGACUUUCUGGGGAGGGGGAAGCCUGCUUUUUGGCUCUCAGAUCUCAUUUUGUUCAACCCCUCUAAUUCUCUUACCUGGAAUAUUUGUCAUUCACCAGCAACUCAGAUGGUUGGUAGGAGUUCUAGUCCUGAGUUCAAGGCCUGAGACUGCUGGUGUUCUUGCUGUCUGACUGGGGAUCUCAGCUUUCCCUGUAUGUACAAUGGGAGCUCUGAACCAGGUGGUUCUUAAGAUCUGUUCUGAUGCCAAUGAGCUGGAAUUCUAAGUGCUGGCAAUACCACAGAUAUUCAGCAUGGGUCCUGCUCUCAAGUUGUUAGUCAUCUCUUUCAGGGACAUAGGUUUUAAUUAGAGGAAAGGUGAACAGAAUUCCAGAGCUGUGUGCACUAAAAUCCAAGGACCAUCCUAGUGCAGGUCACGAGCUCCAAGAGCUGUUUCCAGGAUGGCGCUGGAGGACUUUGCAGAAAGGAGAUGGGUCUGGAAGCUAACAAACCUGGUUGUCGGUGUGGCCUCCACCUCUUGGCAGCUAGUGACCCUGGAUAAGUAACAGCUCCCUUAAGCCUCAGUUUCCACAUCUACAGAAUGGGGAUGACUAUGCCCCCAGGGGUGUAUUUAACCUCUGUCUCCCAUCAGGAGGGUCUUCAUUUGGUCCCAUUCAGCUGGUCAGGAUGGAUGGGAUUUCUGCUCACCCUCAAUACCCGGGUCCCCACCUUUGCGACGUUGUAAAGGGUCACCCCCCGCAAGGGGUGAGUCAGACGGAGACUGAGCAAGUAGCUCCUCUCCCACAGGACUCUGGCCUCCCCUGAGUCCUUGUCUCUCAUUUCUAGCUACUUCCCUUAGAUCCAGUGGUGUGUUGGAGCUGGCUUGUGCUGGCUUGUGAGAGCUGAUUGUUAAAUUUUCAGGAGUUUUGCAAGCUCGUUGUUAAACAUAGCUGCUAAAAAAUUAAAUUAUUUAAAUUUAUACUUAAAUAAAUUAUAUUAAAACCGAGGUAAUACAUACUAAAAACUCAUCACUUCCUUAUUUUACUACAUUUUGCUCUCAUCUGUGCUCUUAAGGUAAUUUACACCUAUUGCCUCGCAUGAGGAACGUGGGGUAAGGGCACUGCCCAUCCCUUGCCGGGUCUGCCUUCAGUGACCCACGGGGAGUGUAUUUGCACCGCAGGGACUGGGGAACACCACAGAUCAGGGCUUGAUUUGUCGUUUUGUUGAUUGUCCAGUCUUAAGAAUGUGAUGGAUACAAUGUUAAUAAUGUAAAUUAAACUUAACAGUGUGUUCUGUC